CCUGAAGAUCAGUUUGUACAAAACAUGGUAAUCGGAAUACAGAAACCAGAGACUUUCGGUGAUCCAGUAAAAAUGGACCGAGCGACAUCACUGGAAUCCCUAACACAUGUGGAAAAGAGGAGAAGAAUGAUGGCAAAUAGAGCCUCUCCUACAGGUGACAGUGGAUCAUAUACAUCCCCUGGCAGAGCAGCAGCCGCUACCCCUGGCGACAGUGGAUCACAUGCCUCACCUGUCCAAACACUAGACUAUCUUAAGAAUAUUGACCCAAAGCUAUUGGGUAAAAUAGAGAAACUAGCUCGAAAAGAACAUGUGGAUCCUGAGAAACAGGUUACAAUUUGGGAUUUUGGAGGCCAGGAUGUCUACUACACUACGCACCAAACAUUCCUCUCAGAGCAUAUCAUCUAUUUGUUGGUCUUCCGACUUGACGUAGACCUCGAUGAAAAAAUCCCUGUGUACAGAGGGGAAAAGACGGUUAAAGAGUUUAUAAUGUUUUGGUUGAACUCUAUCCAUAUGCACACAGUUGAACGAUUGAGGGAAGAAGACAGGGAUGUCAUUCCAUACGUCUUGAUUAUUGGAACUCAUAAGGACAUGUUAGGCCCACAGGUUAAUGUUAAAGACAUAUUUGGUAAACUCAUGGAGUGUCUCGACGACAAGCAAGCACUGAAGGCCCACGUCUACGAAUAUAUUGCCAUAAACAACUUGGCCGAAAGUGAUGCGGAGUUUGAUGAAAUAAAAAGUGUGAUCGAAAAGCUGUGUGGCUAUAGCAGCGGCACUGAGGCGUCCGUUCAUAAGUUUUCAGUGAGUUCGAUUCAACUAGAAAUGGAUUUGGCAAAGAAGAGCGAAGAAUCUCCUAUCAUAACAGUUGACGAACUGUGUAAAAUGGCGCAAAGGGUAGGACUCUCUGACGAAGAAUUACGAAACAGUUUCAUUCCUUACCACCACCACCAAGGAGACAUCCUACACUUCAAAGUAGAUGGACUGGAAAAUGUCGUCAUAAUAGAUCCACUUUGGUUAGCAGAUGUAUUUUCUGCCAUCAUGACCCCUUGCAUCAGUGAAGAUGAAUGCAGUCACAUCGGGCUACAGAAAGCUGGUUUGAAAAAAGGAGUGCUACAGGAAGAAGUGUUUGAUGAAUGUCUAGAAGAAAACAGUAUGACCGAGAGAAAGGCCGAUAUUAUUCGACUUAUGUUGCAUUUCGACCUGAUGCUAGAAAUAUCUCAGUCAGUUGAAAACCCACUUCCAGGGCCUGGAAAGAGAACAUUCCUCGUGCCUAGUAUGCUGGUGUCCAACAAAUGUGAAAAUAAUGCGAUAUCUGAGAAAGAUCCAGAAAAAUGUUUGCUUAUCGCAUUCCCUCACAUUCUCUUUCCUACUGGGUUAUUUCAUCAGUUGACCACCCGUCUUCUGAGGAAGUAUAAACCUCUGGAUUAUGAAAAUAACAUCCCAGUUGUUGGGUUUGACCGAGCCUCCUUCUUUUUAGACAAACAGUCGGUGCUCCAUCUAGCCAUUGAAGAAAACGCUAUGAAAAUGACGAUUACAGACGCUCACACAGGCUCACAAACAAAACCUCACAUAUACUCAAACGCACGGAAAACCGUCGAAAAGGAGUUGUCAGCUCUUCGGGACGCUUACUGUCCCAGGAUGCAGUUACAGUUCCGUAUUAGGGUAAAAGUAGGCGACAAAGAUAUCCCAAUAGACGCAGAGGACGUCCAAAAAAACGACGUGAUAUAUAAAUGUAUAGAAGGUUCUGAAAAACCGAUUGAUAUGACACCGUAUCGUGUUUGGUUUUCAGUAGAAGCGAAUGUCCCAGAUGCGUCUAUUUCUGCACAGAAGUUUGCAAGGCUGCAUUAUCUCGUUACUGAACUUGGAACGAAGGCAAUUAGAACUUUCUUCCUCAAGGAUGUUGUUAGGCCUGACCUCACUAAUGCCAAUCACGUCAGUGAUAAAGAUGCAGUGAUUCGGUUUUUCAGUAAGCAUGAAACAAAACUUAAGGAAGCAAAGAAGUGCAUGAAUGCUUCUCAGCUGAACCUGCUGAACUCUGCCUCUGGUCAAGCAGAUGUUGAAAGGUUUGACAUAACAUUGCUGGUGUUAUUGUUAAGUAAAUUUCAACCAGACAAAGACAACCUAGAUUGGAUAACUCCCGACCAAAAUGCCACUUUACCUUUCCCUCCACAAACAACACAAGAUUUCGUCUACCACAUCUUACGACUGAAGAAAGUCAGGAAUUAUCUGAGUCAUUCCCCGAAAUAUGGAGUCCAAGACAACGCGGAAUUCUGCACAAAUCGGGAUAUUGCUUAUGCUUCUAUUCUAGCCCUCGGUGCAGAUCCAAAGGAAGUGGAAAAGACACAGAAAAUCAUGUUUACCGUAGAGGAGAUCGACAGUGUGUGAAAUACGCAGCUGGGCCGAAGAUAACAAACGGCAUUUCGACAGUAUAUUUGACAGGCUUGGAUUAUUAAUAUGCUGCUCUGUUUUUGAAAUGCCGUCCCCAUUGCGUUUACCAUGAAUUGCCGCAACUGAAAGGUUGAGAUGAGGUCCGCCUUCAGUCGCAUGUGACAUAGGUUGAUGGUGCAAUAUGUGAACCGUCUAAUUUUCACCCAGUGAUGUUAAACAAAAAUCAGACUAUUACAUGUAUAUAACGAGAUACCAUAGGCUUAUCACAGAUUUGAUAUGUGUGUGUGUGUGUGUGUUUUGAAAACAAACAAACAAAACAUGGGAUUGAGUGGAAUCAUGAAAAAAAUGUGUAAAUAGCAAGAUAUACGUGAGAAUUAAAAUUUGAUAUGUCCAGUUUGUACCUAAAUUUAGUUAAUCAUAGUUAUUCGAAGUAACAAUCUUAAGGCUAUAUUAUUUUAAGUAUUUCAAUAUGUGUGACUCGGUCAUCUAUUUUGUUAUAAAAAGGUUAAAUGCAUAAAAUAAAUGCAAAACAACUCCAUGUGAUUAUCAUCUAGACCUGGCUGAUGCAUCAUAAUAUAUCCAUGUACUACCGGUAGUAUAUCUGUAAGACCAAAGCAUGAGAAGACAAUUAAAAUUGUGGACGUGCAUUUUGUGCAGAUUUUAAAUUCAAGAACAUAGCUAUUGUUUCAUUCUCUCAUACGUGCACGAUGCCGAUUUUUGAAAUGUAUUAUUGACGGGCUACAACAGCUUUAACAGCUAAAUCAUACUGUAAUAGCAAAUGUGCAUUGAAAAGCUACAAGUACAUGUUUUAAUAAAAAUUUAUUUGACAAAUUGGAUGAAUAAUUACUAUAAAUAGUUUUCUUCUUCAAAUUUUUUUAGACUGGGUCCACUUAGAGGACCCUAUAUGCCGUGUAUAUAAGUUUGCGAAUUAUACUCUGUUCUUUAGUAUAGUUGAGUAUUGCCACUUUCUCACUCACGCGUCUACACCGAGCAGGCCUUGCGAGAUUACUAGCACCCUAUAUAGAUUCA